UUUUGAAGCAGCGUUUUAAAGUUUGUGCCGAACAAAGCAAUUCUGCCGUUGACAGUUGACACUGACAGUAGAGACGACAGGAGACGGCCGACGGCCCAUUCCUGACGACAACAGAUAAACAAAUUUAUAUCAAGAAAUGACAAGUUCUGCACAUAUGAAAUGGCUAUAAGUUAUAUUCCUCGUGUGACCCAGUUGGACGCGGGCCAAUUAGAUGAGCAGCUGGAAGAGUUACUGAAACAACAAUUAUUUAAUGCUACAAAAUUUUUAGAGCCUGGUAUUCUGCAGCCCAUACUACCAGAAUUAGAACUACUUCUCCGAACAUGGAUAUUCAAAUAUUCAGUCUAUGACUACAAAUGCACUUUUGGACAAAAAAUGCUGUCAUUAAAAUAUAACACAACUAAUUUCUCCAAAUCCAAACUUUAUUGGUAUUAUGGAUACACUAUUGGAUUAAAAUAUUUAAAAGAUAGAUCUAUAUACAGUUGGACUUCUAAUACUAAGAUACAAAAUUUUGUGCAUCAGUUAGAAACAUUUCAGUUGUUUGGAGAUAUUUUAAAUGUUUUGAGGUUUAUAAGAAGCGGCAAAUAUCCAGUGCUCAUAGACUUUAUUUUGGGCUUGGAGUUGACUGCUGAUAAACUGACAAGAGAGGACCUGACUGAUUUCUCAUGGACAAGAGAACUGUUAUGGCAUAAUUUUAUUGAACUAAUAGGCACAAUAAUAUCUUUAAUGAACAUAUUUGGUCUCCAAAGACGGCUCAGCAACAUACUAAAGUAUGUGUGGUGGCGGCAGCAUGUGAAGCCAUUGGCAAAGCCUAGUCCACCCGUUAUGACACACCUCACUGUGUGUGCGUGUUGUUUGGCAAGACCAGUGUUACCGCAUACUAUGGGCUGCUCACAUAUCUUCUGUUAUUACUGCUUAUCGACCAAUAAAAUGCUAGAUCCAGACUUCGCGUGUCCAAAAUGUUAUUACAAAGGAAAGGAGAUAAAUAGGUUUACAAUGGUUUAAGUGUAUAAGAGAAAAUGACUUUUUAUUGAUUUGUGAGGUGGAGGUGUCAAUGUUAACUAUGGUGGAAGUGUGGACUAAAGAAAAAUAAGGUACAGUUAGCUAGAAGUAUACAAAUAGCGUAUUAUAUUACAUUAUUAAAGGGUAACUUUAGUACAUGCGUAAUAAGCUGUAAAAUUUUUUUUUCUGUUGUAUCUUUAAAAUGUAUUAGUACAGGGGGGUUACCAUGACGUGCUAAAGCCGUUCAGUUUAGGUUGAGAGAGAGG